CCACUGUUUCUAAGGAGAGACUGGGAAUCCUGCAGCUGGCUCAAGCAUGUCUCCCAUGGCCCUGUGUCUGGCAAUGCUGUGCUGGGCGGCCCUGCGCUGUCGAGCCGACUGCGGCCUGGCCAACAUCUCCAUUCCUGUGGAGAACGAGGAGUGCAGCCGCUGCAUCACCGUCAACACCACCUCCUGCGCCGGCUCCUGUCCCACUCAGGUAGGUGACAGCUCCCUGUUCACCUACCCCGUGGCCGUGAGCUGCGAGUGUGCUCCGUGCAAGUCCGAUCUCGCAGACUGCGGCGUGCCCGGCUCAGACUACCUCAGCUGCCAGGUCUGAUUAGGCUGCGCGAACCCAGACCGAAGGGGAGCUCAUCGGCAUUGUUCCACUAACAUUGAGGCCAUUCAAGCCAAGCACAGCUUGUUGUAAAAUAUCCACUGUUCUGGAUUGUAAUGCAAGAA